CUUUUUAUUUGGAUUUUAUAUUUUACCAUCUUUCUUUUGGAUUUGUACGUGGCUUUCGGUCCUUGUUUCCGCGAUCAAUCUAAACAAUGAGACGGCAAGUACUGUUGUGUAUGUCGAUCCUCUCUCUUAGCUCAGUGUUCGGGCAGGUCAGCUAUUCUAUCCCGGAGGAAAUGGUGACUGGCUCUUUGGUUGGAAAUAUCGCACAAGAUUUAGGUUUAGACGUCAAACGACUUAGGCAGGGUAAUGCCCGUGUUUAUUCUGGUGACAGCAGUGAGUACAUAGAGCUCAACAGCGAGAGAGGAGUCCUCCUUAUUAAAGAGAGAAUAGACAGAGAGGUGUUAUGUGGAGAGACGAUGCCGUGCGCCGUGCAUUUUCAGAUUGUGUUAGAAAAUCCUAUGGAGUUUUAUAGCGUAACAGUGGAAAUAACAGAUGUCAAUGACAAUGCACCAACCUUUGAAAAGGGCGAAAUAAAAUUUAUAAUAAGCGAGUCUGCUGUUGUUGGAGCAAAAUUUGAUUUAGAAAGAGCUGUGGAUUUAGAUGUUGGUGUAAAUGGUCUCCAAAGCUACGUCCUAAAACCAAGUGAUAAUUUUUUACUUAAAUUACAAAACCAAGCCGAUGGGAUAAAGAAUGUGGAAAUGGUCUUACAAAAGCCUCUAGACAGAGAGAAAGAUGAAUUUAUUUCGUUGGCGUUGACGGCUGUAGAUGGAGGAGAGCCUCAGAUGUCAGGAACAAUGCAGAUUCUCAUCACAGUGUUAGAUGCAAACGACAAUGCGCCUGUUUUUACACAGCCGGUAUACAAAGGCACUGUAGCUGAAAAUGCUGCGAAAGGAACAAUCGUGACCACCGUGAGUGCGUCAGAUGCAGAUCAUGGAUUAAAUGGUAAAAUAACAUAUUCAAUCACAAAUACUCUGGAUGACGUCAGACAAAUGUUUGAAGUAAAUGAGGAAAAUGGCGAGAUAAAGGUGCUCGGACGUCUGGACUUUGAAAAGAAAAGACAUUUUCAGAUAAAUGUACGAGCGAGAGAUAAUGGUGGGCUAACAGACUCUUGUAAAGUGAUUGUUGACGUGAUUGAUAUAAAUGACAAUAAGCCAACGAUUAAAAUCAUGUCUAAAUCAGCAAUUAUAUCAGAGAGUGCAAAUUCCAACACAGUAGUUACCAUGAUUAAUAUCCAAGACCCAGACUCAGGCGAAAAUGGUAAAGUUCAGUGUUUCAUAAAUGCGAACAUACCUUUCAUACUGAAAUCGACGUCUAAUAAUUUCUAUAGUUUAGUGACAGAAGGUGAUUUAGACAGAGAGAGAGCAUCUGAGUAUAACAUCACAGUGACGUGUUCUGAUGAGGGAGUGCCCUCCCUCUCCAGCAGCGUGACUCUCACUUUGCAGAUCUCUGACGUGAAUGACAACGCUCCUGUGUUUGACAGGAGCUCAUAUGAGGCCUCGAUUGUAGAGAACAACACACCAGGCCUCUCUAUAUUCACAGUGAGAGCCAGAGACGCUGACUGGAAGCAGAAUGCCCGUGUUUCUUACAUCCUGGAGGACUCCUCAGUGAACGGAGUGCCAGUGUCCUCAUAUGUGUCUGUGAGUGCUGAUAGUGGAGUCAUCAAUGCAGUGCGCUCUUUUGACUACGAGCAGAUCAAAGACUUCCAGUUCCGCGUCAGAGCUCAGGAUGGAGGCUCUCCUCCACUCAGCAGCAACGUGACAGUGAGAAUGGUGAUCCAGGACCAGAACGACAACCCCCCUCAGGUCCUGUACCCAGUCCAGACUGGAGGCUCAGUGGUGGCUGAGAUGGUGCCUCGUGCAGCAGACGUGGGCUAUCUGGUGACCAAAGUGGUGGCUGUUGAUGUGGACUCUGGCCAGAAUGCGUGGCUGUCGUAUAAACUGCAGAGAGCCACAGACAGGGCGCUGUUUGAGGUGGGCUCCCAGAAUGGAGAGAUCAGAACUAUCCGCCAAGUGAGUGAUAAAGAUGCAGUCAAACAGAGACUGACUGUUAUCGUGGAGGACAACGGACAGCCGUCUCGUUCAGCCACAGUCAUUGUGAACGUGGCGGUGGCGGACAGCUUCCCUGAAGUGCUGUCUGAGUUCACUGACUUCACACAGGACAAGGAGUACAAUGACAACCUGACGUUUUACUUGGUGCUGGCUCUGGCUGUGGUGUCGUUCCUGUUCAUCACGUGUUUGGUGGUGAUUAUCUCAGUGAAAAUCUACCGAUGGAGACAGUCUCGCAUCCUCUAUCACUCCAGUCUUCCUGUGAUUCCAUAUUAUCCUCCACGUUACUCAGACACUCUGGGCACAGGGACUCUCCAGCACGUGUACAAUUACGAGGUGUGCAGGACGACUGACUCGAGGAAGAGUGACUGUAAGUUCGGCAGAGGUGGUAGUCAGAACGUGCUGAUCAUGGACCCCAGUUCAACAGGGACCAUGCAGAGGAUUCAGAGUGAGAAGAGCAUCCUGGAUGAACCAGACUCUCCUUUGGAGGUCAGAAUUUAA